UUAGCCAAGCACAAACGUGUUCAUACAGGAGAAAAACCAUAUCACUGUGAAAUCUGUGGGAAAUCCUUUUCUCAAAAUGAUCACGUAACUAUGCACAAGCGUGUUCAUAGAGGAGAAAAGCCAUAUCACUGUGAUAUCUGUGAUAAAUCCUUUUCUCAAAACGAUUCCUUAAUCAAGCACAAGCAUGUUCAUACAGGAGAAAAACCAUAUCACUGUGAAAUCUGUGGUAAAUCUUUCUCUCGAAACGAUUCCUUAACAAAGCACAAGCAUGUUCAUACAGGAGAAAAACCAUAUCACUGUGAAAUCUGUGGUAAAUCUUUCUCUCUAAAUCAUUCCUUAACCAAGCACAGGCGUGUUCAUACAGGAGAGAAACCAUAUCACUGUGAUAUCUGUGAUAAAUCCUUCUCUCGAAGUGAUAGCUUGACUACGCACAUACGCAUCCAUACAGGUGAGAAGCCAUACCAUUGUGAUAUCUGUGGUAAAUCCUUUUCUCAAAACGAACACAUAACUAGGCACAAGAUUAGUGUUCAUACAGGAGAAGUACCAUAUCACUGUGAAAUCUGUGGUAAAUCUUUCUCUCGAAAUGAUACCUUAACCCAGCAUAAGCGUGUUCAUACAGGAGAAAAACCAUAUCAUUGUGAUAUCUCUGGUAAAUCAUUUUCUUAAAAUAGUCAGCUGCUUAAUCACUGAUACAUUUAUACAGGGUGUAAAAAACCAUAUCACUGCGAAAUCUGUUUAAAUCAUUCUUUCAAAAUAAAGGCGUGACUAAUCACAGACGCAUUCAUACAGGAGAGAAGCUGUAGCAAUGUCAUAUCUGUGGUAAAUUAUUUUAUGAAAAUAGAAUCUUAACUAAUCAGAUACAUAAUCACACAGAUGAGAAGUCAUAUCAUUGCGGUGUCUGUGGUAAGUCAUUCUCUGAUGGACCCAGGUUAAUUGUUCGCAAAUACAUUCAUUCAAGUGUGAAACCAUAUCACUGUGAAAUCUGUGGUAAAUCCUUCUCUGAAAAUGGUCGCGUAACUAUUCACAUACGCAUUCAUACAGGAGAGAAGCCAUAUCACUGUGAUAUCUGUGGUAAAUCAUUCUCUACAUGGAGUGCCUUAUUUAAACACAAAUACAUUCAUACAGGAGAAAAGCCAUAUCAUUGUGAAAUCUGUGGUAAAUCUUUCUCUCGAAACGAUCACUUAACCAAGCACAAGCAUGUUCAUACAGACAGAGAACACAUUUCAUGAGGAAUAGAUUCAUUUCCCAAGUUACAGACAUUGUUUAUGAGUUUUAUUUUUCAAGCACAACAUCCAAAUUUUGAAAGUUUCUACUACCAUAACAAAUGCAUCUGUGUCUUACCAAGAAGUUUAUAAAGAGCAAAGGAAUGCUUCUCAGUAAACAACUCUAGACUUGUUUCUUGUGAAUCAGUGGUCACGUCUACAAAUGAUGGUGUCCCUGAGUCUUUUCAAAGUGAUUCAGAAAACAAUUAUAAUAAUAAUAUUUUAUCUAUUCUAAAUGAUCUUGACAUUGUUUUUGACUUUACAUAAAAUAUUCUUUACAUUCUA